UCUUAAAUCCCUUCAAUAUUUUCCUCUCUCGAUAUCCCGAUACUCUUUCUUUCUCUAUAUAUAUUUAUGGUUCUCUGCCCAAUUUCAAUGGCGGCUAUUCUCCAUCCUUUUCCAUUUCACAGGUGUGUGUAGGGGUUUACGGUGGAUUUGAGGGUGUUUUUGCAACGGGUUUUUAGGUUAUAGUGGAACUCGGGGGGGAUGGAAGAGCCUGGGCAGCUGAAACGGGCGUUCAUUGAUGCUGCCGCGGGUGCAAUAGCCGGUGGGAUAUCGAGGACGGUUACUUCGCCGCUUGAUGUCAUCAAAAUCAGAUUCCAGGUUCAAUUGGAGCCCACUACUUCAUGGGCUUUGUUGCGGAGAGAUAUACAUGGACAAUCAAAAUACACAGGCAUGCUACAAGCAACUAAAGACAUUUUUAGAGAGGAAGGUUUACCGGGUUUCUGGCGGGGUAAUGUCCCAGCUUUACUUAUGGUUAUGCCAUAUACUGCCAUACAGUUUUCGGUGCUACACAAAUUGAAAACAUUUGCAGCUGGUUCUUCCAAAUCAGAGGAUCACAUUCAUUUGAGCCCUUAUCUGUCUUUUGUCAGUGGGGCAUUAGCAGGAUGUGCAGCUACUGUUGGAUCAUAUCCGUUUGAUCUUUUACGAACCCUAUUAGCCUCACAGGGUGAGCCAAAGGUGUAUCCGAAAAUGAGGUCUGCAUUCCUUGAUAUAAUCAGAACUCGUGGCUUUCAAGGGCUGUAUGCUGGGUUGUCACCAACGCUGGUUGAGAUUAUUCCUUAUGCUGGCUUGCAGUUUGGCACCUAUGAUAUGUUUAAACGCUGGACCAUGGCCUGGAACCAGUACAGAUCUUCUAAUGCGAACCUAACUGGUACAGAUAGCAUCUCAAGCUUCCAGCUUUUCCUUUGUGGAUUUGCAGCUGGCACAUGUGCCAAAGCAGUCUGUCAUCCACUUGAUGUGGUAAAGAAGAGAUUCCAGAUUGAAGGACUACCAAGAGAUCCAAAGUAUGGGGCUCGGGUUGAGCAUCGUGCUUACACAAAUAUGUAUGAUGCCCUACGACAAAUCUUGCUUGUGGAGGGUUGGGCUGGUCUUUACAAGGGCAUUGUCCCAUCAAUUAUCAAAGCUGCACCAGCUGGUGCUGUAACAUUUGUGGCCUACGAAUUUACAUCGGACUGGCUAGAGUCCAUGGUGACUUGACAUUGACUGAUUCUUUAUGCAGGAUCAUCUCAUUCUUUUGCUCAUGUUUAUUAGACGACCCUUGUAGAAGGAACACAAAGGGUCAUAGCUAUACCAUUUGAUUCAUAAAGCAUUGGAUUAUAGCCGUAGCCGGUUAUGGGGAGAAUGGCAGAUAUUCGAUGAACUUUACAAUUUUAGAUCACCGGCUCACAUGGAACUGAAUCCAAGUGCUAAUGGUGCUGUUUCUUUGAGUAGGUUUUCAAUAGUGUAAUGCGGCUGCCUUUUUUUUCCUUUUUUGUUUUCUUCCGGCCAUGGAAUUUUUGCAAGAUGUAGAAUGUUAUACUACUCUUGAUAUUGUCCCUAAUCAUAUUCAUAAUGCAGCUCAUCUUAAUUGGAUAGCCA